GGUCUCAACGAUGCAGCGAAGGCGGCGGGUAAACUCUGGUUCGGAACCGCUGCCGACAUCCCAGGCACGGGUGAAUCGACCGACGAGUAUUAUAUGGCUGAGUUCAACAACACCCAUGAUUUCGGCGGUGCAACACCGGCCAAUAUUAUGAAGUUUGAAUACACAGAGCCAGAGCAAAAUGUCUUCAACUACACCGGCGGCGACUACUUCCUCGACCUCGCCGAGGCCAGCGGCAAGCUCGUCCGCUGCCACAACCUAAUUUGGUACAAUCAGCUGCCAGAUUGGGUCACCGCGCCCGCCGUCAACUGGACCAACGAGACGCUGAGCGCCGUGUUGGUGAACCACGUCACGAGCCUCGUCUCGCACUUUGGCGACCGCUGCUACUCGUGGGACGUCGUCAACGAGGCCCUGAGCGACGACCCUGCCGGCGCCUUCACCAGCAACCUGUGGUACGACACCAUCGGGCCCGAGUACUUCUUCCUGGCCUUUGACGCCGCGGCCAAGGCAGUGCAGGCGAACGGCCUCGGCGUCAAGCUGUACUACAACGACUACAACAUCGAGUACGCCGGCAACAAGUCCAGUGCCGCGCAAGGGCUCGUGUCUGAGCUCAAGGCGCGGGGCAUCCAGAUCGACGGCGUCGGCCUCGAGUCGCACUUCAUCGUGGGCGAAACGCCUACGCAGGCUGCGCAGGAGGCCAACAUGAACGCCUUCACCGCGCUCGGCGUUGAUGUGGUUGUCACGGAGCUCGAUAUGAGGUUGGCCUUGGCCCCGAAUGCCACGACCGAGGCGCAGCAGGUUCAGGAUUACUAUAGCACUGUUGCUGCGUGCGCUAAUGUUGUUGGCUGUGUUGGCAUCACUGUUUGGGACUUUGAUGAUACCUACUCAUGGAUUCCAAGCACCUUCACAGACGAAGGCUAUGCUGAUCUCUUC